AUGAUCAGGUUGAAAGACNAUAACUUCUUGAAGUGGCACUAUCAACUCGAGUAUGUUCUGGAAGGCUACGAUCUCUUUGGCCAUUUUGAUGGCUCGAGCAUUGCACUAUCGAAAUUCGCAAUCUUGGAUGAGAAAGGUUUUACCUCUGAGCUCACCGCAACUUACAAGGACUGGGUGAAGAUCGACAAAGCACUUCUUAGCUUGUUGAUCGCCACUCUAUCUAAUGAUGCGAUCGAAUAUGUCAUCGGUUGCAAGACGGCACAUGAUGCAUGGAUGAAUUUGACGAAUCCAUAUGCCACGGUCUCUCGUGCUCAUUUUCGUAAUCAAUUGCUUANGGCUAAACAAGCUGCUAAGGCAGGGGUUCUUUCUUCNCAUGCACCUAUGGUUGGUAUGCUGAGUCAAUCCACUCNCUUUGUUUCUUCCCAUGCCUUCUCUGGUUCUGGUCAUGGUGAUGGUCUUCUUCCAACUCCUCAAAUGCCUCACACUGGAUAUAUGAGUUCGUAUCCUUUUGUUCAAUCUUCUUCUCAUGCUUUUGGUGAUCGNGGCAAAUUCUCUGGUUCUAGACCUUUUGGUCAUGGUUUUCAAGGCAAGUUUCAAGGUCCUCCUAAGUCUGGUGGUGGUGUUGUUCUUGAGUGUCAAAUAUAUAGUUCUUCGCCACNUGCCUCCCUCACUGCCAUGACGGCUCAAACUUUUUUCUCUCUUGAUUCAGUCUGGAUUGCAGACAGUGAGGCAAAUCAUCACANGGUGCCUCAUAUGACAACAACGGAUUCUGCUUCACAUUGCGCCUCUUUAGAUCAAGUCAGAANGAAAAAUGGGGUAGGUUUGCGCAUUGAUCAUAUUGACAUAGCUCAUAUUCCCAUUGGUUUGUGCAUUGAUCAUAUUGACACAACUCAUAUUCCCACUGCAACUUCUUCCUCUCUUUCUUUAUCUACAGUUUUUCAUGUUCCUCCACUCACGAAAAAUCUUUUGUAUGUGUAUCACUUCUGCCGUGAUAAUAAUUGCCCUAUGAUUUUUGAUCAAUUUGGAUUUUCUAUACAGGACAAAGUCACCAACAGGGUUCUCUUCUAA